AUGCUGGACACCGUCUGCUCAUUACCACUAUCCUCAGACCUGUUCUCUCAGGCGAUUCACCCAAAUGAGCCAGUAGUGUCAGUUGGCCUGGCUUCUGGCCAUGUGCAAACUUUCCGAUUGCCGCACGAUGAAAUUGAUUCUGACGAUGGUGCUUCAACUUCAUCUUCCCGCAAUGGCAAAGGACACAUUGAUACGAUGUGGAGGACAAGACGGCACAAGGGCAGCUGUCGGUGUCUUGGAUUCAGUGUUGACGGAGAGAUGCUGUACUCUGCCGGUACUGAUGGCUUAGUCAAGAUGGCCAACUCAGAAAGUGGACAGGUGCAGAACAAGAUUGCAAUUCCUCUGGAGAGCAAUGGGUCGAUCGAUGCGCCUACCGUCAUCCAUGCGCUCUCUCCUCAAACGCUUUUGCUCGCGACUGACUCCAGUGCCCUGCAUCUCUACGACCUUCGCGUACCAUAUUCCAAAGUGUCCGCGCGACCGGAGCAGUCUCACCAUCCGCACGAUGACUAUAUCUCCUCUUUGACUCCCCUUCCCGCGUCCGAGACGAGCACCUCGGGUUUCAGCAAGCAGUGGGUGACAACGGGCGGAACCACACUGGCGGUGACUGAUUUGCGCCGGGGCGUGCUCGUCCGCAGUGAAGACCAAGAAGAGGAGUUGGUCAGCUCAGCAUUCAUUGGUGGGUUGCCCUCCAGUGGAACCAGUCGUGGGGAGAAGGUGGCUGUCGGAGGUUCCAAUGGCAUUGUGACUCUGUGGGAGAAGGGGGCCUGGGACGACCAGGACGAGCGAGUGUACGUGCAGCGCGAUGCUGGCGGUGGAGAAGCGAUUGAGACCCUGGUCACCGUACCGGAUGACAUGGGUAUGGGCAAAAUGCUGGCUGCUGGUCUUGGUAACGGGUUGAUCAAAUUCAUCCGUGUCGGACCGAACAAGGUCGCCUCCGAGGUGGUUCACGACGAGACCGAAGGCGUGGUUGGUAUCGGGUUCGAUGUUGAAGGUCGUAUGGUCUCGGGCGGUGGUCAAAUUGUCAAGGUCUGGCAUGAAGCUGCCGGCGGCGACAGCUUGGGUAAACACAUGAUGGAUAGCGACGACAGCGGCGACGAGUCCGACGAUAGUGAUUCUGAGCAGAAACGAAAAGCAGCUGCGAACACGAACGACCGCAAGAAGCGGAAGAAGGGCAAAGCUGGCCGUGGUACCGGACCUGACGUUAUUGCUUUCGACAUGGAUUAG